AUGUCGUCGCCGCCGCAUAGAUCUUUCGGCGGAGAGCCAAUGAUUGAGAAGACGAAGAGGAAGAGGAAGAGGAAGAAGCCGUCGCCGGUACUCCCCCAGACGCUGCAAUCGACUCCGGUACCGUCACUUCCUGAUGAUUUGCUUCUGAGCAGCUUCGCACGCAUCUCUAGAUUACAUUACCCGGCUCUCUCCCUCGUCUCCAAAACCUUCCGAUCUCUCCUCACUUCGCCGGAGCUCUACGAGACUCGAUCCUUAUUAGGCCGCACCGAGAGUUGUCUCUAUCUGUGCUUAAAGCCCACUACCGACCCUUUUCCUAUCCGUCGCUGGUUCACUCUCUGCCGUAAACCUAACCGAACCCUAACCACUGGCAACACCAGAGAGAAGAAGAAGAAGAAGAAGAAACAAACCCUAACCAAUGGCUACACUACCGAGAAGAAGAAGAAAGUCAAUUCAAGUGGCAACAUUUUGAUCCCAGUCUCGUUUCCCAAUUCUCCUCAAGUUCAUUGGCAAAGCGUGGUUGCAGUUGGUUCGUGCAUCUACGUCAUCGGCGGACCAAUCAACGAUUCGUAUUCUUCUGACCUCUGGGUCCAAUUUCACGUUUGGCGCAAAGGUCCAAGCAUGUCGGCGGAGAGAUACUACCCAGCGGUAGACGUCGUUGAUGGGAAGAUAUAUGUGGUAGGAGGAGGCUAUGACUUGGAUGCCUCAAAUUGGAUGGAAGUUUUCGAUCCAAAAACCCAAACUUGGGAGUGUGUGGUGUGUCCUCACGCAGAGAGAUUUAGUAGGAGUGUAGACAGGAGCGCAGUGGUUGAAGGAAGAAUCUUCUACAUGUUUUUCAUGGAGGGUAUGAGUUACGAUCCAAAGGAAGAUAGAUGGGAAGCGAUGAAGAUGAUGGCUAAUAUGGAUUCGGGAUGGCCAUGGCUCUCUUAUUGCGUGGUCGAUGACGUGCUAUUUGCUUGUUGUGAUUCAGAGGGGCUAAGAUGGUACGACUUUAAGAAACAGAGCUGGAUGGAGAUGAAGAGCUUGAAAGGAUUGCCUGAGUUUGCUCGUUACUGUCAUUAUCAAAUGGCGGAUUAUGGUGGGAAGUUGGCUGUUUUCUGGAAAAAGUCUGUCGGUGUUAAAGGCAUUAACAAGAGUAAGAAGAUUCGGUGUGCGGUGAUUGCGAUUGAAAAGCGCAACGGUGGUGAGGAGGUUUGGGGAACGGUGGAGUGGCAUGAUCUUGUUCUUACGCUUCCUGAAUCUUUUGAGUUGGUGCAUGCUCUUUCCGCUGCUGUUUGA